UACACCAUGCGAGACAUCCGAUAUAAAUGGAACGAAGGACCAAACUCAGUGGGCGUGUCCAACGAGGUGUCCUUGCCUCAGUUCAAGGUGCUCGGACACCGGCAAAGAGCCAUGGAGAUAUCCCUGACCACCGGAAACUUCUCUCGGCUGGCCUGCGAGAUCCAGUUCGUCCGCUCGAUGGGCUACUACCUGAUCAGAUCUACAUCCACAUCCGGUCUGAUCGUCAUCAUUUCAUGGGUCAGUUUCUGGCUGAACCGAAAUGCCACGCCAGCUAGAGUGGCCCUGGGCGUGACCACUGUGAUGACCAUGAGCACGCUGAUGUCAUCAACGAACGCAGCCUUGCCCAAGAUUUCCUACGUCAAGUCGAUCGACGUGUAUCUGGGCACGUGUUUCGUCAUGGUGUUCGCUAGUUUAUUAG